CAGGCGUGCGAGCGAGGGAACGCCCUCGAAAGGCUCGAACCGGUGAAAAGUCUGGAUAGGCAAGCCCACGCGCGCGCGCCCGUGACGGCGCGGCGAGCUCGCGGCCGCCUGGCUCGGCAUCCCCCACCGGCCUCAGCCAACAAACAGUCCACCAGCCCCGCCCCGCCCCGCCGCCACCUGUCGAACGGGACGAGAGGGAGCUUCUCCACACCGCCACCGCAGCAGCAACCCUCCCCCCACCUGUCCCUGCGCUGGCUGGCUCACCGCUCCCGCUCCGCUCCGCUCCAGCCUCCCUUUUAACGGGCUCCUGGCGCGCGCGGGGGCGGCCGUCAUGUGCCUCUCCGCCGCCUCCGCCGCAUCACCCUCCCGCUUCCUGUCGCCCUCCUCCUCCGCGCUCCCCCGCCGCUUCCUCCACCACCUCCUCGCCGCGCCUCCUCUCCGGUCGUCGCUGCGCUGCAUCCCGUUCCACCGGAUGGCGCAAUUUUGGACCCAAGGAUCACUGGACAAGAACAAAGCUCUGGUUGAAUACCUGAAGCAGUAUGGUGCUGUUAGAACUGAUAAAGUGGCUGAAGUAAUGGAAAGUAUUGACAGAGCAUUAUUUGUAGCAGAGGGCCUUACUCCUUACACUGACAGCCCUAUGCCUAUUGGUUAUAACGCGACCAUAUCUGCUCCUCACAUGCAUGCGACCUGCUUGGAGCUACUGAAGGAUCACCUGCAGCCUGGAAUGCAUGCUCUAGAUGUUGGAUCAGGCAGUGGUUACUUGACAGCUUGUUUUGCAAUGAUGGUUGGACCAGAAGGCCGUGCAGUUGGGAUAGAACAUAUUCCUGAGCUUGUUGCUGCUUCAACUGAGAAUGUCCAAAGAAGUGAUGCAGCUCAGUUACUGAAGGAUGGGUCUCUUUCUCUCCAUGUUGCAGAUGGCAGGCUUGGCUGGCCCGACGAGGCGCCAUACGAUGCCAUUCAUGUGGGGGCAGCGGCACCGGAAAUACCCCAGCCUCUGGUCGAUCAGCUGAAGCCCGGUGGCCGGAUGGUCAUACCCGUCGGCAGCUACUUCCAGGACCUGCAGGUGGUCGACAAGAACGACGACGGCUCGGUCACUGUACGGAACGACGCGUCCGUCCGCUACGUCCCUCUGACCAGCCGCUCAGCUCAGCUGCAAGACUCCUAAAUUCCUCUACGGCUCUAGGAGGCGUCGAAACACGUGUAAAUACUUCAGACACUUAUCUACUGGAAUAGUUUCUUCUUCUAACUAGCUAGGUGGUGUGUGGUUUGGUUGAGCCUGAUCAUCUACUCAUCUGGCGAUGCUGUAGGACAUGAGUUCUGAGCAAUAACCAAUAAAAGUACCAUUUUGCAUUUUA